AUUUUCGGAUACCGUAGGCGUAGCAAAAAGGGGCGAGGACGAAUCGGAUGUCGUCUGAAAGUUUUGCUUUCUCGUCAACAAAAGUCGUGUAAGCAUGUAGUUUGUAACUGGAACAGUAAUUAUCAAGUAGGAGAUUCUACAUUGCUUAUUUAUCAGAGUAAAUUAUACAUUUUUGCCAUGACGAAGCCCACGAAACGUCUUAACAAGCGAACACCGACUUCCAACAGGGCCGAUGGUUCAUCAGCAGGCGGUGGGAGGAAUCGCAGCGGGACAGGUCAGGCGAAGGCUCGAAAGAGUAUUGCGGACAAUAAGUAUGUACGGGUAGCGGCUAUUAUGUUUUUACCCAUCCUGUUUGGUGUAUUCGGACUCAUUGUUUUCCCUCCAUCUUUUGAUUUAUCAACAAAUAACGUCACCAACCCGUCAAACUCGACACAGAAGGAGCCAAUUAUCCAUGGAAAUAAGCGCAGAAAUGACAAAAUCAGAGACAAAACGAAAAACGUUGAAAAGUCGACACAGUCACAAACAAGGAUAGAUAAAAAAUCAAAGGAAAGGAUCUCAGAGACGGAGAGCUUCAAGCCAGCUAUACUGGAUUCUCUUAGAAUGCAGGAGAUUAAGGUGGAGGGAAACAUUGUCACUCCUGUUGAACUCACCCAAAACAACCCAGCAUCUCCAGUGAAGGUGUACAAGAUUGAAGGCUUUCUGACGGACCGAGAAUGCAGCGGUUUGAUGAGGGUUCACCAGCAUUACCUAACCAAGACUAGCUCUCAGAAUCCAAUCAUUUGCUUUGACAGCCUGAGCACACUGAGACGACACCUACAGGAUGCAGGGAUGAAAGGUGUUACUGUGUCUUAUAAAGAUUUCACAGAAGGAACAGCCUGCAUAAAUUCCAGUUUCUCUGAGAGGCUUGGUUCGUCCCUGACAUGGUCCCGCAGUACGUCCUUCUACCCGACAGAGAGUAAGUUUUCCACAGUCUUUGAGGAUAGGGUCUUCCAAGCAACAGGGCUCAAACAAUCUAAUGGCGGGAAAUUCCAAGUGACCUCGUAUCCAGAAGGAAUAGGAUACAAGACCCAUACAGACUGUACUCUGGGUAACCACGACAAGAGGGACAGGUUUGCCACCAUACUGGUGUAUCUGCAAGAUGUGGAAGAAGGAGGAGAGACAAAGUUCCCUGAGUUGGGAAUCAGCGUGAAGCCAAAGAGAGGUCAGGCAAUCGUCUGGAAUAACAUGAACAGCAACGGAGAAUGUGAACCCAUCUCUGUACAUGAGGCAGCCCAGGUCAGGAAAGGACAUAAAUACAUUAUUCAGAGAUGGUACUAUUAUCAGAGCUUUGCCUACCUUGGCAGGAGGGCACCUGAGCCAGCCUUGCCUGCCAGAGCACCGGGCCAGCCGAGGGUGAGCUGUGACGAGUACGAGCAUGGAAGCUGCCGUUGGUACGAUGAAUGGAACAAUGACCACCUGACAGAGUACAGAGCCUUGCAGUCUGGGUUAUCCUGAUCAAGAAGCCGAGGUGCUGUAUCCCCCUCCAUAAUGAUAGUAACCUAAUGUCCCCUUAUGCAUUUGAGGUGACAAAUGCGAUCCUGAUUGGUUGCCGGUGCAUGUGUGAGUAAUCAUAUGUUUGGCCUAACAUAUAGAUUUACUAAUGACCUGCUAUUAGCAGUCAUGAGUAAAGAAUAAUGACCGAUCAUGGUUUGGGACGAGGAUGAAUUUAAAUAGCAAUAGUUAAACCGUGCUUGUUUGCAUAAUAUGGGAAUUGUCUGCGAUUGAUCGCUAACCUUUCUGUUACUGAGUCCAGAACGUAGAUAUUUCCUGUAUUUUGUAUGAACAAACAUGGUGUGAUGAUUUUUAUCUCUUAAGUGUAUCCUUAUAUUAUUGCAGAAUAACGGAAAUCAAUAGAAUAGAACCACAAAACUGCAAAAUUCUGCCUUUUGCAAGUGAUUUGUGACAUCGCAAUGAUCACGGUAAAAGGAAUUUGCAUUUUGACAUUGAAAUUGAUGCGCAAAUAGUAUGCAGAGCGAUGUUUAAGUACACUUACGUACCGCGUACUACGGUCUCAUAUAAUGUGGUUGAAAACAGCACUGGCAUGCGUGUAACAAUGAAAACAACAACAGCUGAACAUUAAACGGGUGAUACAGGCUCAUGUUACCCGAUUCGUCUCCAAUUUGUCUCACAAAUAAAUUGACCAAUGAGAUUACAGAAUUAAAGAUGGCCCACUUAAAAAUACACGGAUCCACAUCAUAUCUCAUGAAAUAUAUAUCACAUGAUUUUGCUUGAGUAUAAGAAUACUUAUCAUCAUUUGUUCCCUUUGCGACCGCUUAAACCAUUGACAAUGCCUGGGAUGUGUCCAAACUGUACCUCUUGCAUCUAAUUCAAAGUUAUAUCUUAAAUGAUGUGUAUUAUUGUAUAUUAUUAUUAUUAGUUCCCAUAAACUACAAUAAGGGUCACUUUGUCGACCUCUUAUACAUGUAAGUAUAAUGACCUGCCAUGGCUUUCCAACUCUCAGGGCAGAUCGUGAAGCCUGGCGUACCAUUGUUGAUUCGUUCUCGGAUGCUUCAGAUUUGUAAAAAUGAGUAUAUAUUUUAUUACACAAAAGUGGUUCUGAUAAGUUUGACAAGUAAUAAAUGUUGGUGAAAUGGAAUCAUCUGAGAUUAAAAAAGGCCUGCAUAUCCGUGCAUUAUAGUGUGUUUGAAUUUUUAAAAAAAUAACAAAGGAAAAAAAAUUCUCUGUUGUGAGGUUUCACCAGUCGAUUGGCUUCUUUGGGCGCAUUCACCCGUACAUUGGCCUCAGCCCUCCACAUUUUUAAGGUCAGCCCCUUCCCACUUCCAAAACCAUUCCAUGGCCCCUGUACUGUUCCCAUACACAUGUAGUUCAUGAAGCUGUGAAUACAUUUUUUCUUCAUGUGUUUUUUUAAUAUAGUUUAAUGACAGAACUCUACAUCUAAUAUUAAGUGAUUGUACUGUGUGAUUUUGUGUCAAAAUUAUUGUGCAAUAAAUGAUUUCUACCAAAUUGUUGUAAUUAUUUCUAAAA